AUGGCGGAGCCUAUGGAUGAGGGAAGCGCUCCGCGCAUCCCAGGGUUGAACCUGGGUGACAACCCCCCUUCAGAUGCGCCAGCUUUGGCGGGUAACUCGCCCGUGGCCCGUCGAUCAGACAGGAUUCAGAAUCUCUUGGGUAAGGCAGAAUUUAGACUUUUGUGCUUCGCAGCUACACUGAAGCGUUUGAUUUUGGAUAGACGACUGGAUAGCUUUAUGGAGGGAUCGGCUAAUUGCCUGAUUGCUGCCACCAAGUUAUUUGACAGUAGAUAUCCCCAUCUAGGCCUCAAAAAGCUCCGUGAUGACCUAGAGAGCGGUAGAAAGAGAGCUGGACCGAGGGCCGAGUCACGUCGCCGAUCGUCAAAGUCGCCACGCCGAGCACAAAAGGAGGCAUUGCGUGAGACUCGAAACGAGCAAGCCGGGGAGUCUUCACGGCCACUGUCUCGAGCAAGCUUGGCUAAUACACUUACCUUGCCGGCGCGAGUUCGUACUAGAGUACGCCGUGAGGGUCGUGUGUUGGAUUGGCCUCAAGUCGAAACACGCCCCUCUCAACCUCCUCCAGCAACCGCCGGCCCUUCGAGUGGAAUUCCUUCAAUCCACAUUGACCCUGCUGAGCCUGCGGAUAAUCAGGAAGGUCAGUCUGCCCCUACUACCAAGAAGCCUGUGAUACCGGGUUUCGUGGUUAGUACUCGAACGGGCUCUGUAGACCAAGGCAGCAGCAAGCCUGCAACUGAAUGGUCGGGACGUGAAAAAUAUCGCCAAGAACUGAAUACAGCUUGGCUGAAAGACUUUGUUGAAGCGCUCGGUGGUCCAAAGUACGACUUUAACCUCUACCCCUACAAGGGAUGGAAGAUUGAGCCGCCAGAGAUUCUUCUUCAUCGAGCGAGAAACUUCCUUGCCGAUGAGGAUAUCGACCGGACUUUGAACUGGGGUCAAAAGCUUGCAGAACUGACUGAGUAUUUCUCAUACCUUCUUCACAAUUGGCAGGGCGAAGAAUGGGGCGCAGAACUCCAUGAAGUUAUUGACAUGCUUCGUACACACUGGAUUUUUGAGCAGUAUCACUAUGGCAAGCCCAAGCUGAAUCUCAAAUUUGAUAACGUGUGGCCAAAUAAUAGUAAGAGGCUGCCACCCAUCUCUGGUGUCGAGACCACUGUCGAGAAGCCACAAGGUGAAAUGGGUGAGCGAAAAUUGCUCCUCAACAAGAUUCGACCAGCCAUCGAUGUUCACUACAAGUUGCCUGGUGAUGUUCUCGAGAAGUACGUCGAUAUUUAUGCAUCCGAGGCCCCCUACUUCUGGGGAUCUGCACCUCGUUCACAAUCUCCCCGCCAUGAGCUGGUCAAGAUUGAGAACAACGCUUUUGAGAAGUGCGUCUUUUCGGGCAUUUCAACCACCGACAAACUGAUCAGAGCAUCUGAAGCCAAGUUCAGGUCGGAAUCUAACCGAGAAAACUUCAGUCCGAGUGCUCUUCAGGCGUUUGCCACACUCCGGGGAAGUCAACGAGCAGCCCUCCAACAAACCCUGGGCCACCUGGACAACUCUGAGAAUCUUGCAGUCUGCAACAUUUUCCGCACACUUAUUCUGCCACCACCCAGGAUUCCAGAGAAGCCAGACGCAGGUAUUCUUUUCCCUACUAUGCAGGUAGCAGACGUUCCUGAAAAGGAGUCUCGCGAUCCUUUCAGCUACACUGUGGCGCAUCGAUGGUACCACGAAGCAGAGCGAUUCUGGAAGAACUGGUCGUAUGAACACGCCGUCAAAGAAUGCUAUGGCCACAAGUUGUGGGAGGAACGCGAAGAACCCAUUAUGGAUUUGCCCAAGAACUGGAUGGGUCCUUUCGUUUAUGAUUUUCUGGAUCACGACAUGAAGAAGACUCUGGAGUUGCUAAGGAGAUGCGAGACCCUGCUAAAGCGGAUAUUCUUACAAAACGAACGAGUACCGCGACCCUUUCUAGCCGAUAUGACGCACUUGGUGCUUGAGGGACUCUCGGACAAGCCUUGGGAUGAAACGGAGCUGGAUUUUAAAGGGGAAGACUUAGUGUCUGACUCACAGGAUUUGGCUCAUAUUCGCCCCUUGGAGGAAGAUUUCUUGCGGCUAUUGGGCAUGAAAUCUAUUCAUUCCAACACGGUUAACCCAAAGAUCAAACAUGAUGGAAUCAAUCCUCGCUCUGUAAUAUUUGAACAAAGAGUUAUGGACAUCAUGUAUCCGAUAGGCUCAGCUAAUACUGGGCCUUUCGACUUUGCUAAUUUCAUGGUGUCACUCAAUGAGGUAUGUGAUGGACCAGUGAAGCGCUGGAGAUUCUCCAAGGAGGAGGCCUUGGAAGAACUGAAACUUCUUGACCAAAGGAGAGUGAUUAACGAGGAUAACGGUGUAUCAUGUUCUGCACCCAAUCUUCAUCCUGAGCAACGUGUUCGGUGGCUCGACACUGACGAUGACCUGGACGCAUAUAUGCAAGGUGUCAGAGCGACUAAGGGUGGUCAGCCCGAAAACGACGAUGACAACAGCGAUGACAGUGGUGACAGUAGUGACAGCGGCGACAGAGAUGAAAUUAUGACCAUCUCAACAGACGUCAGCGUCCCAGAGACGGAGGAUUUUGGUAACUACAUGUUUGGUCUUCCCAAAAUUGAGAACCUCCGCAGUUGGGAAGAGCUUGGUACUUUGAGUGGCAGAGAGGCUAGUGAGAAAGAUAUGCCUAGAAACCACAAGUUCUACCAACGCCUCUGCUUUCGACUUGGAAGGACGACAAAGGACCUUCGAGAAAGGAUGGAAACGUACAGAGGUCAGCUUACACAUGAACAACGAGGUCGUAACCGCUAUUUCCUCGACGAAAUGGUGCGGCAGUGGGAAUCCGACACUAGAACACGACCAGAAUUGCCCCAGCAUAACCCCAACAUACCAUGGGGGACUGAUGCCAAACCAAGUUACGCGGAAAUCAUGCGUAUAUCCCAGCCCGCAGAUGAUUUUGGCGACUUUGGAUACCCCGAAAUCACUUACGGAUGUCAGAACGGGUCGUACAGGUUUACUGUUGAUGUCGUUCGGAAGGCAAUUCUCCGCGAGGCUUAUGAGAACAAGAGUAUGCUGUUCCCGAACCGCAUUGAUCGCAGUAUAGAUGAAAAGGGACUGAGGCUUCAGUCCCUUCGUCGACGUGAGCCAGUUUGGUCCUUUGCUCAUCCUGAUCGCAGAAGCAAAGCACCACGAUAUUGGGAUAUCAAUCGUUGGCCGCUUCAUCUGCAAAGCGAAUCAACAGCCGAGAGUAUUAGAUCUGGACGAUUCUACAAUCUCACUCCUUCGGCUCUGGCACUGGAACCUACCAAGGCGCCACGGAUCUCAGUACGAGUUGCUACGCCUCCGGUAUCUCCUAUUUCAUCCGUAUUGCCUAGAGUUCAACGAGAAUUGCAUCGCGAAGUCCAGCCUGAAGCCACGACUAUAGACCCUGAUAUGACUGAAAGGAUGGACACACCCGAAAGUCAAGUCCAAGUUUUCCCUGGUCUUGGUGAGGAGUUCACUGUUACGUUCCAGGAUCUAGCAGAUUCUCGUCGAACUUUUACAACCGGGUCUUCUCAAUAUCUCCUUGGAGACACACCUCUGCAGAAGAAGUAUAUCGAGGAUCUUAUCAAGAGUGGUAUGGAGACAGAAGAACCACCGACUUGGACUCAGCGCCUAAGUGCUCUAUUUGGUCGUAAGAACGUUCCAGUUGAUCCCGGUGCUCUGCCCAGGGUCAAUCCUCGUGAUAUUCCCAAGAGUAAGCCUCGAAGCGAGCCCGAGGUUUCAGACGAUGAGCCUGCUGAAGGGGAGGGGUCUUCUGCUGGAAGCUCAGAUGUUGAAAUGGAAGAAGCUGUGACACAACUUUAUGAUGAAACUGAGGCUGGCCCAUCUCCAGAUUGGCGCUCAUCUCGUGCUCAGGCACCUUCACCAAUUGUCCCAACGUUCCCGACUGAGCCCGGAUCUUCCUCUGUUCUGCCUCCAGAACCUGAGACUACCCAAGGAGAAUCUAGCACUGCUGAUUCAUGGGGACAAGGCCUGUCCGAGGCUUUAUUUAAACGGCUAAGAGUCAGACAAGAGACCAUUGAAAUACUGUCUCACCCGGUUGAGUUGGAGGUUCUCGAGCCAGAGUCGGAGUUGCCGGAGCAGCAGCAAGAGGACGAAGAGUCAGAGCAAGAGAGUUUGUUUGGUUCGGGGUGA